UUCGCGUCUACGUCAUUGCUAUCUGAACCCGCGUACCUGAAUCUUGACUCCCACCCAUGCGCCACGUUACCACCUAUCACUCUUCCAUACCAAGAAAUCUACCUGAAGCCCCGCUAGAAGUUACUUCGUACCUAAGUUCCAGACAACCGUAUCUCUAGAUUUCGGUCCAUCAAGCGCCUGUGCAUCAUGGCAUCUUCCGUAGACUAUUACAAAGUUCUCGAAAUCGACGUCAAAGCCUCGCAACAGCAAAUCCGCGAUGCCUACAAAAAAGCCGCACUAAAGCACCACCCGGACCGCGUGCCCUCAGACUCGCCCGAGCGCGCAAGCCGCACAAAGCGCUUCCAGCAAAUCAACGACGCAUACUACACGCUCUCGGACGCCACGCGCCGCCGCGACUACGACGCUGCUCGCACAUACAACAGCUUCACAGGCACCACGGCAACGCCCGAGCCGGAAUUUGACGAGGAGAUACCUCACAAUGCCAACGCCAACGCGGGUGCCGGUACAGGAUUCGCCCAAGGCUUCCCCUGGUCUGCAUUCGGCUUCGGAUCCGCGCCAGCAGGCACAACGGAAGAAUCGCACAACCGCUUCUCUGAAGAGCAGUUCGGCGGCAUCUUUGAAGAGAUGCUGCGCGAAGAGGGCAUGGCGGAUGCAGAGGCGCAUCCUACAGGCAAGUUCUGGAGUUUAGUCGGCGGGCUGAGUGGCGGUGCCAUGGGAUUCAUUGUGGCUAAUUUUCCCGGUAUGGUGGCUGGCGCUGUCGCGGGGAAUCGGUUGGGCGCGGUGAGGGAUGCCAAGGGUAAGAGUGUUUAUGCCGUCUUUCAGGAGAUGCCGCAGGCGGAUAAGGCGAGGUUGUUGAGUAGCCUUGCGGCUAAGGUGUUUGCUAAUGUAGUUUCUGCCUAAGGGGGAGAUUGCGAGGUUGGGCUUUUGGGAGGGUUUGGGCGCGAACAUGGACGAGCCUUAAUCUAUCAUGAAUAGAUGAUGAUGAUGAUGGGAUAUCCUGAACAAGGGAAAUGAUUUCUGGCCCUUUUUUUUUCCUUAUAUUUGUUCUUAGGUUGGAUCUUGGGAUACGAAUAUGACAUGACAUUUUGA